AGAGCCCAAAACAGCAAGCGGUGUCCAUUGAUCUAUCUCGUCCUCAUGUCUUCCCCCUCUCACUUUCCCAAUUCCACCGAAUAAGUCCCCUGUUCUUGUUCCAUGGAAGCAAAUCGCUGCCUCGAUCUCUCUGCUCCGUGAUGCCUGACGAAUGCGCUGCUUUGGAUUGUUGCCUCCUCCAGCCUACCUUUUAGUUCUUCUUCUCUCCUCUCUACUCGAUUGAGCCAUGGGACAAGGUGGCUCUCGUAUGGUGAGCGACGAGGCAAGGCGGAGUGAUGGCUCCGGGGGUCCGGGGAAGAAGCUGCAGUCCACCACAGGCGAGAACUGCGGAGACGCCGAGGAGUGUAGAUCAAUCCGCCGCUGCCAAUCCUUCAAGACCCUUCCGGAGUCCGAUCCGGAUCGGGCUGCCGCCAUGGCCGACGAGAGGAAGGGGAAGGGUAAUGCGGCGUUCUUGGCCGGAUGCUUCGAGGAGGCGGCGUUAACGGUCGCCAUCGCGCUAGCACCCAAUAACCACAUCCUCUACUCCAACCGCUCGGCGGCGCGCGCCUCACUCCACCGCUAUGCCGACGCGCUCGCCGACGCGCAGAAGACCGUCGAGCUCAGGCCCGACUGGGCCGAGGGCUACUCCCGGCUCGGCGCGGCGCACCUCGGACUCGGCGACGCCACCAUCGCUGUCGCUGCCUACGCGAAGGGCCUCGCGCUUGAGCCCGAUAACGAGGGCCUCAAUGUCGGGCUCGAGGACGCCAAGAAGGAGCGGAAGGAGAUGAAAGCAGCUGCACAGGAGGCAGGGAACGCAGCUUACAAGAAGGACUGUGAGACGGCGAUCCAGCAUUACAUGAAAGCCAUGGAACUUGAUGACGAGGAUAUCUCCUAUCUUACUAACUGCGCAGCGGUCGACUUUGAGAUGGGAAAGUACGAUGAAUGCAUUAAGGACUGCGAUAAGGCUGUGGAGAGGGGAAGAGAACUCCGGGCUGACUUCAAGGUGAUCUCAAGGGCAUUGACAAGGAAAGGAACUGCUUUAGCCAAACACGCCAAGUGCUCUAAGGACUAUGAUGUCGCCAUUGAGACCUUCCAGAAGGCUCUAAGAGAGCAUCGGAACCCAGGCACUCUUAAAAAGUUGAAUGAGGCUGAGAGGGCAAAGAAAGAGUUGUUGCAACAAGAGUACUAUGACCCAAAGUGGGCAGAGGAGGAGAGAGAGAAAGGUACUGAGUUUUUCAAGGAGCAAAAAUACCCAGAAGCAAUAAAACAUUACACUGAGGCUCUCAGGAGAAAUCCGAAGGAUCCCAGGGGUUUUGAUGACAAGGGGAGUGUAUAUUACUCAGAAAAUCAUAGGAAGGCAUCAUACGAGGGUGCCAGAGAUAAAAGAAAGGAGGACAUUUCAGAAGGUAGUGCACAGGAGGAAUGCAAGUAUUAUUCAACACCAGGAGGGUGCAAAUUCGGGAAAGCUUGCAAAUACCUUCAUCGCGAGGGAAAAGAAGGGAAGGCAGAGGCUGAAAAAGUUGAUCUGAACUUUCUAGAUCUUCCACUGCGCCCAGGGAAAAAGGAGUGCCCAUACUAUAUGCGCACUGGGAGCUGCAAAUAUUCAACUAACUGCAAGUUUCACCAUCCAGACCCUACUAAUGUGUCUUCAAAAGAACCAGUGUUAGAACAUGAGAAUGCUGAUACUCCACAGCAAAAUUUCCAAGGAUCCUCUCAGACAAGUGUUCCAAUAUGGUCCGACCAGAGAGCCAUGAAUGGGCAGCAUGUUCCUUUUUUAGCUCCAGCACAAUCAUACAGUGCAGGAAUGAUUCCACUGCAAGGAAUGUAUCCAUCUCCUGAGUGGAGUGGGUAUCAUCAGGUUCCUUUAAAUCCGAAUUAUCCUCCUGGUGUCCCUUUUCAGCAUUUUCUAGCUCAUAUGAAUCAUCCGAUGCACAAGGAAGCAGAUAUGCCAAGGAAUCAGCAAGUGCCUAUUGACGAAUAUCCAGAGAGACCUGGCCAACCUGAAUGUCAGCAUUUUGUAAGAAGUAGUUUCUGCAAAUACAAGAUGAAAUGCAGAUAUCAUCAUCCGAGGUCGCGACUGCCCGCACCAAUGACAGGAGGUCUUAGCCCUCUCGGCUUGCCCAUCAAACCUGAUCAACCUGUGUGCACAUACUACAGUCGUUUCGGUGUCUGCAAGUAUGGUCCAGCUUGCAUGUUCAAUCACCCCUUCAACUUUGGCCCUCCUGUAGCUGUACCUACAGCGGCACCACCUCUCCCAGGCCAGUUCCCCACACGGGGCGGAGCCACAGGUGGUGCUGCCCGUGCUGCAGCACCCCCUUGGCCGUGAAAACACUAGCUUGUGUUCUUUGGUGAAUAAGAAAAAUACUAUGUAAAUUAUCCACUGAGAAGUCCGGCCAACUAGUUUCACAACAAGCAGCCAGCACCCCCUGAAGGCUUAUCCUGGCUCUGCCCACACCAGCACUUUACCGUGUAGCAGGCAUGAGAUGAGCGACUUUUCACAUGGUUGGCGGUAGGGAUCCGGCUCGCAAGUCGCAACGAAGUUGCACGAGGCUGGGUACAUUACCGAUGGGAUUCAUGAGACCAUUCAAACCUGUGACAGUACUCCUCCGCUUUAUAUUGAACAGAACGUUACAGUUCGUACAUGAC